CAACAAGUUAAAGAUUAAAAAGGAACAAAACAGACCCCUUUCCCCACCUCCCCCAACACAGCUGCUAUCUCCACAUGUCUUGGGCAUUGCAUAUAAACAAUUCAACCUGCCUCAAUUUCCAAACCACAACUUCACAUAUCCUCUUCCAAUUGUCUCCUUCCUGAUUGAUGACACUUGGGAAGGUAUAAAGAAAAAUAAAAAAAAAGCCAUUAAAUACACCGGAUAAGUGUGGAGUUUACAUUGAGCAAGCUGUGCCUGUUUUUGCCAACAUGUCCAAACUAGUGGAAUGUGUGCCAAAUUUCUCAGAGGGCAGGAACAAAGAGGUGAGACAAUUAUUGAUAAUUAAAAAUAUAAUAAUUAAAAAAAACUAUCUAUAUAUUCACUGUUAUAACGAAAUCACAUUAAUUUGUAGGAUUAGGGUUUAUAGUGGAAGUUCAGACAUGGCUUUCAGGUGACAAACCAUAACCAUUAAAAAUUUAUAAAUGUAAAAAUUGAAUUGAAAAAGCUAUGUUUUCAGUCUUAACCAAAUUUGGUUAUUUGGCCUAUAGUUGAAAGUCUAUUUUAAUUUACAGCAAUUCAUACUUUAGUGAAUAAACCUAUUAUUGUUGAAUAGAAAACUGAAUUACAUUUAGACAAAAGAAUUUAAAAAUCCAUCUUUGCUCGGCUGCAUUAGACUGAAUUUUGUAAAUAAUUAAAUUGUUUUGUGAAUAAACAACCAUGUGUACUAAACAGGGAAUAGACCUGGAGUAAAUUAAUUUAACGAAUACCUCUGAAUUGUCCUAAGAUCAGCAUGGUUUUUAAUUGUAGACUAAAGUGGUGUUUAUCUCAUGAACUGAAUUGGGAAAACAAAAAUGAGAGAGAGAAAAUUUUACACACACCACCACCUCUAUAAACAUGUGAGCAGAAUAGAGCAGUCAGAUCCUUAAUGGUUUUUCUCUACAUAUAUAUAUAUAUAUAUAUAUAUAUAUAUAUAUAUAUACCUCUAAACCUUUUCAAAUGGGCAAAGCAAGAUUCUUUAAUUUGUGGGUGUGUGGCCAGGGGCAGGGUUGUUCUGGGAAAUUCCAGGUGACUUACUAGUAAAAAUAAAUACACUAGAAUGACAUUUAGAAGAACAAUGUUUCUUAUUUACACAGGUAGGAGUCUGUACGUGCAGAAUUUCGUGGUGCCCCCUCCUAAAUUUGGACACUGGGGAAGUAUUUGUAUAUCCCCACUAGCUCAUACUGAUUUCUUGUAAAGUGCUAAUCUUUUAGGACUCAAGGAAAUAAAGGCAGCAGACGGGAGUAACCCUAAUAGAAUAAGAUGCAUUAUUAACAAAAAAUAAUUUCCUAGAGAUAGUAGAAUCAAUCUAAAACAUAAUGGGCAAAAGAAAGUCACUGUUUGUAGAUAUACUCCCAGUAAAUACAUGCAGUUUUUAUGAACUGCAGCCUUAGCAAGCCCUCUCCUUUUUUUUUUUUUCUGAGUAAGAGACUUCUCUACAGGGAAAUAACCUGUGCAUCAGCUGGUCUGGGGGUGCUGGACAAGCUGAUCUGAGGUCUGUGGGGAUAAGGCAGGUGGACUUCAGUGGAGCGUGCAUGUUAUUCUGCUGGCUCAAGGGAGCUAAUGGAAGUAGGAAGGAAGCCUCUCUGACUGUUUGAUUGACAGCCAAGGAGGCGUUCUGUAAUUUAAUUUAUAAAAAUGAAGAUAUUUUGAAACAAAGUGACACUUUUAGAAAGUGGGGUUAAGCUAGCAUACUCCUCACCCAUAAAGCAUUUCAGCAAAUUGAAGUGCUUUUUCAGGUGUGUAAUGGUCCUUUAACUUUUAUUGGCAUAAAUAUUUGAAAUAACAAUAAAAUCCAGACAUUAAUAAUAAAAUAAUUGGAAUAGCAGUUUAAAUGGCAUUGAAAUUAUUUAAAUUAAUCCACUUUGCAGACUAAUAGAGAUAUCAUGUUCCGGAUGGUUGAUUACUUACAGCCAAAAAAUUACAAUACAACGUUUCAAUAAAUUAAGAAACAUAUGCUGCCAAAUAUAGAAAAGUGUAAGCUAGAGUUCUCAAUACAGGGAUCGCUAUUAUUAGGUCCUGUAAUGAUGACUCAAGUGAAACAAAUAAACUUGAAAUUUUAAUAGAUAUACAUGAGGUAAAUAAACAAAAAGUAUCUGGUCAAAACUGAGAUGUCUAAACAGAGCCACAAAUAAUUACUUGCCCACAGCUGACUUAAAAAUUAUGAAGUAAUUAAGCUGAUUGGUGGUAUGCUUUGGUCUUCACCUAUCUGCUAAAUGAUGGCUUGUAUCAUCUAGUGAUAAAAGAAGGGGGUUGGGGGGGACAAAAAAACAAACUCUUAUAGCCUAAUAGUGGAGCACUGGAAGAGGAUGGUAAAUCAGGACUUAAAUUUUGCUUCAAAUAUUUGCUGAUUUAAAAAAACCACGUUUCAAGUUUGAAAAUAUAGCAGCUAAACCGACUGGUGUAGUGCUUAGGUAGGCACCUAUCUACUAAGCGGGGAAUUUCAUGACCUUGGUAGGAGAGAUCAUUGUAACACAACUAGUUUAGGCCUGUUAGUGGAGCAUCAUAAGGAAAUAGUACUAGAUUAUGGCUAAAAACUCACUCCAAAUAAUUGCAGAUAUUAACUGUAAAAGAGUGGGGGGAUAUAGUUCAAAGAAAGCCGCAUCAAUGUGUCCCACCCCUCUCAUCCAAAAAGGGCAGUUUUCUAGUUAUCAUUUCUGUCAGUGUGCAACUACUAGAGGGCAUUAUAAUAGAUAGGGUACAGGAGUCCUUGGGCAUCAUGUGCGGGUAAUGUCUAAUGAUUAAUUUAACGGCUAGACACUUCCCUUGUUAUCAUGAAUUUAGAAAUUACAUUGCUGGUAGACUUCCAUAAAUAAUGGAUGGGGUACAGGGGUCCUUGGGCAUCAUGUGCGGGUAAUGUCUAAUGAUUAAUUUAAUGGCUAGACACUUCCCUUGUUAUCAUGAAUUUAGAAAUUACAUUGCUGGUAGACUUGCAUAAAUAAUGGAUGGGGUACAGGAGUCCUUGGGCAUCAUGUGCGGGUAAUGUCUAAUGAUUAAUUUAAUGGCUAGACACUUCCCUUGUUAUCAUGAAUUUAGAAAUUACAUUGCUGGUAGACUUCCAUACAUAAUGGAUGGGGUACAGGGGUCCUUGGGCAUCAUGUGCGGGUAAUGUCUAAUGAUUAAUUUAAUGGCUAGACACUUCCCUUGUUAUCAUGAAUUUAGAAAUUACAUUGCUGGUAGACUUGCAUAAAUAAUGGAUGGGGUACAGGAGUCCUUGGGCAUCAUGUGCGGGUAAUGUCUAAUGAUUAAUUUAAUGGCUAGACACUUCCCUUGUUAGCAUGAAUUUAGAAAUUACAUUGCUGGUAGACUUCCAUAAAUAAUGGAUGGGAUACAGGGGUCCUUGGGCAUCAUGUGCGGGUAAUGUCUAAUGAUUAAUUUAAUGGCUAGACACUUCCCUUGUUAGCAUGAAUUUAGAAAUUACAUUGCUGGUAGACUUCCAUAAAUAAUGGAUGGGGUACAGGAGUCCUUGGGCAUCAUGUGCGGGUAAUGUCUAAUGAUUAAUUUAAUGGCUAGACACUUCCCUUGUUAGCAUGAAUUUAGAAAUUACAUUGCUGGUAGACUUGCAUAAAUAAUGGAUGGGGUACAGGGGUCCUUGGGCAUCAUGUGCGGGUAAUGUCUAAUGAUUAAUUUAAUGGCUAGACACUUCCCUUGUUAGCAUGAAUUUAGAAAUUACAUUGCUGGUAGGGAUGGGGUACAGGGGUCCUUGGGCAUCAUGUGCGGGUAAUGUCUAAUGAUUAAUUUAAUGGCUAGACACUUCCCUUGUUAGCAUGAAUUUAGAAAUUACAUUGCUGGUAGACUUCCAUAAAUAAUGGAUGGGGUACAGGGGUCCUUGGGCAUCAUGUGCGGGUAAUGUCUAAUGAUUAAUUUAAUGGCUAGACACUUCCCUUGUUAGCAUGAAUUUAGAAAUUACAUUGCUGGUAGACUUCCAUAAAUAAUGGAUGGGGUACAGGGGUCCUUGGGCAUCAUGUGCGGGUAAUGUCUAAUGAUUAAUUUAAUGGCUAGACACUUCCCUUGUUAGCAUGAAUUUAGAAAUUACAUUGCUGGUAGACUUGCAUAAAUAAUGGAUGGGGUACAGGAGUCCUUGGGCAUCAUGUGCGGGUAAUGUCUAAUGAUUAAUUUAAUGGCUAGACACUUCCCUUGUUAGCAUGAAUUUAGAAAUUACAUUGCUGGUAGACUUCCAUAAAUAAUGGAUGGGUACAGGGGUCCUUGGGCAUCAUGUGCGGGUAAUGUCUAAUGAUUAAUUUAAUGGCUAGACACUUCCCUUGUUAGCAUGAAUUUAGAAAUUACAUUGCUGGUAGACUUCCAUAAAUAAUGGAUGGGGUACAGGGGUCCUUGGGCAUCAUGUGCGGGUAAUGUCUAAUGAUUAAUUUAAUGGCUAGACACUUCCCUUGUUAGCAUGAAUUUAGAAAUUACAUUGCUGGUAGACUUGCAUAAAUAAUGGAUGGGGUACAGGAGUCCUUGGGCAUCAUGUGCGGGUAAUGUCUAAUGAUUAAUUUAAUGGCUAGACACUUCCCUUGUUAGCAUGAAUUUAGAAAUUACAUUGCUGGUAGACUUCCAUAAAUAAUGGAUGGGGUACAGGGUUCCUUGGGCAUCAUGUGCGGGUAAUGUCUAAUGAUUAAUUUAAUGGCUAGACACUUCCCUUGUUAUCAUGAAUUUAGAAAUUACAUUGCUGGUAGACUUGCAUAACGAGUUUGGCAUAUGAUUGCAGAUUUUAUGUGACAAGGCCACUUUAGAAUAAAUGUGGAUUUUGACUCUUGCACAGUGACACAAUAGUAAAUAUCCUAACCGAGACACAAAUAGGUUCAUUUUGUUCCCAUGCUAUGUUUUGCAGAUUAUAGAUGCCCUUGCUGCAGCUAUUUCUCAGACUGGGGGAUGCCGCUUGUUGGAUGUUGACCCUGGACCUUCUACAAACCGCACAGUGUUUACUUUUGUUGGGAACCCGGAGGCUGUUAUUGAAGGCGCUCUAAAUGCAGCACGUGUGGCAUUUCAAAUGAUUGACAUGCGAAAGCACAAAGGUGCGAUUAAACAUGCUGCUCAGAUUGUAGCAGAAUUUCUUGUUCUAAAAUUAACCUUUUUAAACUCUCCCUCCUCCUUUUCACUGAGGGGGUAGAGGGGAACUGUUUUACUGUGCACAGUACAUAUUAACCUGCCUCCUGUGUCCCACCACCGGACUUCUGAAAUUUUACUUCCUUGUUGGCUAGUAUAUCUGCAUACAAUUUCCUUUGUUUCUCCCUCCUAGCAUGCAGUGUCCAAUAACAGUUGUACACACCAUCUGAAAGCAGAGAAAUAUCUGAUUUGCAGCUUUUCAAGAAAUUUUUUAAUUUUUUUUUAUAAAUAGAUAGAAAAAAAAAAAAAAGUACAAUUUCCAGAAACCCUUACAAAUCUUGCUUGGCUGUCUGACUGGUGGGUGUGGAUUCAUGCAGUGCCCUCAGGCCAUUUCCCAUUUCUUUUCAUGCAGUGAGCCAUCAUAGGACACACACUGAAUGUUGUAGGACUAGUUAGAGAGACAGUUUACUGGCAACUGCACCAUACCCACAGUGCAACAUCCAGCCUCUGUGUGGCGUUCUCCCAUUAUUGAGGUGACACCAUGCAUCUUCCGUACUGUGCGGCACUAAUUUUAAAAUGGUGGGUUUAUAUCUAGACUCGUUAUGAUAGGCUUAUUUUUCUAGUCUGCUUAGCUCAUUCAUGGUCAUGUGGGCUGAGGUCAUCACCCCCAUAACAACUUAAGCUCGUUGAAGAGGAAUGCCCAUGCGCUAUCGUACCUUCAGGGAUUAAACAAUUUUGCAAUUUAUUUACUCACCUUUUUCCACCAUCUCCAGGGUCUCCUCAUGGCUGGCUCCAUCCCGCUGCGCCCCCUUGGCUGAGGUCAUCAAACUUGAUGAUCUCAGCCAAUCCAAUGCUUUAGGCUAUCGUGCAUGCACAGCAUAGCGAUAUGCAUUGAAUUAAUGUUUCUUUGUAGGGAACAUUCAGCGCUUCCAUAUAGAGCAUGGAAACACAUUGUGCAGCAUUGAGCCAGGAAGCUUAUCUAGUGACCAUCUGAGUGCCUGCCACUAGAGGUGUUACUAUGCAGUAAUGUAAGCAAUGCCUUUUCUUGGAAAAGGCGGCGUUUACAUUGAAGAUCUUGCAGUGAGAGGCAGUAGACACCAAAACAACUACAUUAAGCUGUAGUUGUUCAGGUGACUAUAGUGUCCCUUUAAACCAUUGUGCAACAUAAGACCAUUCUGUCCCCUUAGUAGCUUCAGUGGGCUGGUGGGGGAAGAUUUCAUGACAAUUGUUUUGAGAUAAUGUUUUGUUUUUACUGGGCUUUUGUAAUUCAAUAAUUCCUUUGCUUUUUUUUUUUUUUUUUUAAUCCAUUCAGUUGUAGACUUGCUUAUUUAACAUCUAUAUCAUGCUGCAUUAUUCAUUCUUUUAAGCUGCACCUUAAACUUGGGAUGGCACCCUGCCGAUGUCCUGAUAAAUGUGCUGGUACAAUACUUAAAAGGUUUCUACAGAAAUCCAAACGAAGUAAUGAUGAAAAGCAAUUUCUUAUUUGGGGCACAGUAUUUGUCUGUGGACAUAUUUAUUUUCACUUUUUUGUUAGAUAAAUCUGCUAGCAUACCAUAUAGGCAGUUCUCCCAAUACUUAUUAAUAAAAGUGAAUUUCACUUUUAAGGUAAUAAAGUCAGCUACAAGCACCCCAGCAGUCUAGACCUCUUUGAGAAGGUCCUGUCCUGCCAUACUGACUUUCUUUCUUGGUGUCCCAUAUCUGGUGACAUUAACCCCUUAAGGACCAAACUUCUAAGUAAAAGGGAAUCAUGACAUGUCACACGUCAUGUGUCCUUAAGGGGUUAAGCAACUGUCCUUAGGCAGCACAGCACAAGCGCAUCAUGAGAUCCAUUUGCAUUGUGCACGUACAAUAGGACGCUGCAGAGAGUGCUUCAGCAGACCAGGGACAUGGCCAGACAAGCCUUUAUUUCCGAUUGGGCCCGCCCAUUAUGAGCAUUGCCAGUGACAUGAGUUGCCACUAGUGACAUCCCCUCUUAGGCCUGCACAUCUCUCCCAAUCUGCAUACCUCCUGCUUAAAGUUUGGCUUCUCUGUACUUACAUUUGAAAUUGGAGAUGUAUACAUAAAAUAUAUUCCAAUCACCCUUAACAUAUCCAUAUUUACUACAGAAAUUAACUCUGAAUUCUCAUUUUAGCGUGCGUGUUUUAUGUUUCUGGGAAAAAAAAUUGCCAGUAGCUGAUAGAAGGGACCUCUUGCCAGCUUGUAUCAGUAAAUGUGUCCUGGAUGUAGGGUCGGACUUAUUAACCUCUGUGUUGCUUAUUUUAUUUGAAGUCCAUUCUCUUUUGCACAGGUGAACAUCCUCGGAUGGGAGCUCUUGAUGUCUGUCCCUUUAUUCCUGUCCGAAAUGUGACUAUGGAAGAGUGUGUGACCUGUGCUAAUCGCUUCGCAAAGAGACUUUCUGAAGAACUUCAUGUUCCAGGUGUGAGACUAAAUAAAAUUAGAAUAACAAUAGUUUGUGUUAUUCUGCUCUCAAAAAAGCUCUUGAUGUCAAAGAGCAAACUAAGAACAUUUGUUAUAAUGACCAAAGUUUUUAAAUGUUCCUAAAAUACCUCCAAUAGUGCAGGUUAUGUGUCCUCGUGUGAGCAAUCUUAACCUAAUUUUAGACCAUGCAUGGGUGGUGUCUCUAGAGCACUGUUAGGAUCCAGCCGUGCAUCUAACAAUUAGUUGAGGGAUAUGUUAACCAGGUUUUGAGGAAUGAUGUCUAAAAUCUUAAUCUGGAGGGGUACAGACCCUACAGAAUUCUAUGGUGGGCUGCCCACAAACGGUGACAUAAUUUAGGUCCUAUGGGCUUUUUCAGGCAGUAUUUUCCACAUACCUCUGCAUCCUAUCCAGAUUUAUAACUGAUAAAAUAAUGAGAUCUUAAAUGUCACUCCAUGGAUUAAAAGUGUGACUUGGCUCAAACCAUGUACUGAAACACUGCAUUGAUACAGCUUUGUAAUACAAAAAGAGAGUAAAUCAAAUCAGAAUGUAGGCAUGAUCCUAAAAAAGCUAAAUUCCUGACAAGUUUUCAGUCUACUAACUCCUGUUUUUUGGAAAGAUUCUUCUAAAAUCCAACUCAUUACAAGUAUAGUCAUGGCAGAAAUAAUUGACAAUGAAGUUCACUAACUGCCCUUUCUGAUGUACUGACUUGACUCUACCCUGACCAUCACGGUUGAGAAUAAUCUAUUAAUGAUACCCAUUUCCUUGCUAAUUUCAAAACAGACUGUAAAUAUGUCAAUCUUAUAACAUGGGCUGAAAACAGGCUUUGGGCAUUAGAACUUGUGGUGCUGAGGCAAGAUCAGCGACCGAAAGAAUUCACCAUCUCCCAUGAUAUCCUUAUACUUUUGUGACCUUUAUUUUAGUAUACCUGUAUGGUGAAGCUGCUCGGAGCGAGAGCAGAAGAUCCCUACCUGCUGUGAGGGCAGGAGAGUAUGAAGGUCUUCAUACCAAGGUACUACAGUAUAUUUAGUUUAUAAAAUGCCUCUUCAUGGAGGACAAAACAUUUUGUUGUGUGAGAAGCAUGCUGUAUUCUGUGUAAGAACAUCUAGUUAGUUUUGGUUUCAUAUAAUCUUUCUAAAUGUCUCCAACCCUCAACAAAUGAUUCUAUUUGCCCUCCUUGCAUUGAUUUAAUAUCUAUGUUGAAGCUUUUUUAUUUUUUUAUUAAAGUAUUACAAACUGCCUUUUUUGGUGUCUUACCUUGGCUGUAUCUCAACUGUGUUCUAAUAGGUCUUGGUAGGUCUUCUCAUUGCUACAUAGUUGCAAAAGGAUUUGGUAAACAAUAGCCUUGUGAAUAUUGAAUGCAUUCUUGUCCUGUAUAUUUGAUGUAUUCUACUUUGUAAUGUGGUGAAAAGAAUAUGGGAUUUUAAAUUAUAAAAUAAAAAAAGCAUAAAUACUACUGGAAAUUAGAGUUUUAUAUAUUACAACAUUAGAGAGUGUGUGUGUGUGUGUGUGUGUGUGUGUAUGUAUGUAUGUAUGUAUGUGUAUAUAUAUAUAUAUAUAUUCCUUUCUGUCACUCGUAAUUCAUUUAGUUAAUUCAUGUAAUCAAAUAUUUUUUUUUUCUUAGUUACAGAGUCCAGAAUGGGCUCCAGAUUAUGGAAAGCCUAUCUUUAUUCCUAGCUGGGGAGCCAGUGUUUGCGGAGCUCGUAAAUUUCUAAUAGCUUAUAAUGUUAAUUUGCUGACCACUAAAGAGUUGGCACAUCGCAUUGCCCUGAAUAUUCGAGAAGGAGGUCGUGGAAAGGAACAGGUGAGAGAUAAGGGGGUAAAAUGGCCAACAGAUAAUCUGGUUGUGCGAACCAACUUGUAUAGGAACAUGGGUACAAAUGUAUCUCACAAUGCUAAUUAUUUCAAACCUAGGAAUAUUAAAUCCUUAGUCUCUGGACCACACAAUCCACUUUGAAUACUCACUAGAGGGGUACUCCCAGGAAAGAGCAGGUUGUAUACAUACAAUGAAGUUAACAUAAAUAUGAUGUAUUUAUAGGACACACACGUAAACGAAUAUGUUUAACCUUAUGCCUACAUGAAAUGGACCAUAGAACUCAUGGAAUGCGUUGGUUGUUGUAUAAAGUGGAUGGUAGAACAAUGUCUUGUAGAAGUAUAAUACUAGGCUUUGUGUGUAGAGAUUCAAAGAAUGAAGUAAGUAAUAGAAACAGUUAAAGGGUCGCUAAUGGGAAAAAAAAAAAAGCAAAAUACUGCAUAAUCUGUGGAAGAAAGGUAGUGACAAGCACUGUUGGGAAUACUGGAUUGCUCAGUAAGAGUAAUGUAACGGAUCACCUGGCACCCCGACUGGGUACCUCCGCCAGAGGACUGCUUCAUAGCUGGACAAGGGGACAAACCACAGCACUUCUUGUCCUCAGUCGCCAUUGCUUGACUGGGGCCUUGGAACCGCCACGGCAGGCGAUGAUGGAAGUUCAGCGGUGUUUGGGAGUUUCUGUAUGCGAUCUCAGUUCCAUGAGAUUCAUGCCCAAACACCGCUGCCUGCGUUCACGCGAACAAGAUGGCCGCCACCUCGUGGUUGUUCAUAGGAAUUGCGGCCACCCAGGCUAACAAUUAGAACACUGCGGUGAGAAACGCUCCAAGUUGUUAAUAGGUGUUAACAAGCUCAAGGGUAGUCUCUGUUUGUGCGGUUGUUCGGUAAACUAACCAUAUAGUCCCAAUUGCACGAACAAAGCUUGUUUAAAGUAAGUUAUCCAAUUCUGUUGCAGGGGCCAUAGUCACAGGGUAAAAAGCUGGCAAGUAUUCCCCUCCAAGAACUCGUGGCAAACUCAUUUGAAAAGGGGUGUUUGUCACAAGUAAGUCAUAAGAGGAGUCUGAUUUGAAAUGUUAGAGUACAAGAGUGCUUCAAUAUUUAAAACCACUUUCACCAGCCCCAUGACUCCUUAGCAUGAAGAGCUGUAAUAAUUUGUGUUUCUUUAAUAUAUAUAUCAUGCUUUCAUCAUUGACCUACUGUGCACCCCCUCUCCCCCAUCCUUAAUUUUUUAUUUUUAUUUUUAUUUUUUUAAGCCUGGACGUCUUAAAAAGAUCCAGGCUCUUGGGUGGUUCCUGGAGGAGGAAAAUUUAGCUCAAAUAUCUGUAAAUCUACUGGAUUAUGAGAUAAGUUCUCUGCACAUGGUCUAUGAAGAGAUCUGCAAGGAUGCCAAGGUACCACAAAUCCCUCUAACACUAUUAUUUUCUUCUUCUGUCUGCAUGCAGCCUUAAUCAUAUAUUAUUGUUUUUCCUGUAUCAUUUAUUCAUAAAUACCUUUUGUAGUAUUACUAAUAUAUAUAUAUAUAUAUAUAUAUAUAUAUUUUUUUUUUUUAUAUUUUUUCCUAAGGAGUUGAACCUUCCUGUGCUUGGUUCUCAACUUGUGGGCCUUAUCCCCCUCCAAGCUCUGAUGGAUUCUGCUGAAUUUUACAUCAAACAAGAAAAUUUAUUUAUACUAGAGGAGGAACACAAGCUCCGAUUGGUGAGAUCUACUAUUCUAUUCUCCAACCCUUCCGUUCGUCUCUUUACUCCUUAUUAUACAAAACUUUUAAGAACCAAGUUUAUUUGCAGAUUUAAAAUAUCAUACUCCGCCUCUUAUUAAUGUUCAAAUCUGGAUGGAUUAAAAAGAACAAUAUAGUAUCAAGAAUGCAAACCUAUUCAUGACCCUAUAGUGCUGCAAUGCUGCAUUAGGUCUCUGGCCUCCUCUCUAGAGAUUAGCAGUGAUUUUACUCUCCUUUUCUCCCACACCGCGCUAGUCUUGCCAUGGUUGGCCCUGCCUUCGUAGCUGAGGUAAUUCAUUUUGAUUAUCUCAGCCAAUCCAACGCUUUCUCAUAGGAAAGUAUUGGGAGGCGAUUGUGCAAACGCUGCAUUGCGCAAUUCAGCAUAUCUUCAAACAGAUGCCUUGAAUCAAUUCAUUUUUAUGGGGAACGUACAGUGCCUCCAUGCAGCACUAACCCAGGAAGAGGUGGUGGUAGGCAGUAAUGUAACCAAUGCUUUUUUUUUUUUUUUUUCUCUGAAAGGACAGUAUUUAUAGUGCUAAGGCUUUAUGGACAUUAUAUAGACCCCAGAAACACUACAUUAAGCUGUCAUGUUACAAUGUUCAUGCUUUUCUGCCUGCAGAAAUCACGUAUAGGUGUUGGAAUCCUGUGAUAUUCCGCAAUCCUGUGCUCUAAUCAUUCCUGGCAGCGAAUUAUUUUUUUUUUUUUUUUUUUUUAUUAUUUCUAUAUCCUGUCAUUUUCUCCAAAAGUUUGGCUAUUCUAUACUUUCCCAUAAACGUAAAAAUAUUCUUAUACUCUUUUGGUGUAUCCUUGCAUAAUGACUACAGCAAGCAAAUCUCCUCAAGAUAACCUGUUCAGUUCACUGGUUGAUAUUUGUUAUGCACCUUGAACUAGAUCAGAUCGACUGGCUUGUUACACUUCUACUUUUGUGGGUUUUUUUAAGCUACUUUUUUUUUUUUUUUUAUUAAAAAAAACAAAAAAAAACUUUAUUAUACUCAUAGCAAAAACAUAUAAUGUAUUCUACAAUUUAUUGGUAAAUUAUUUUGAAAUAUGUUGUUGAUAAAGCCAUGUGCUCAUUGAGAUAUGAUCACAGAUUGAGCUACAUGUCUUGUAAUAGAAAACCCAGUGCUUUUUAAUGUCACAGUCCCAAAUUCGCAUUCUAUAUAUUUAUAGUACCCUUUUUUGCUUGCUGGUUCUGCCUUUUCUUUUAUAUAUUCUUUAUUUAAGACCGUGCAAAGUAUAACAUACUUGGUGGUUCAAACAUGUCACAGGAGUAUACAUCGCAAUGUUAAAGAGCAGAACAGGAAAUGUCGAUGAUGCUGCACUUUUUUAUAUUUAAAGGGGAGAGACAAACAAGACAAAGCACAGUUCUAAUAUAGGUUAAACAAACUAGGUUUGGAAGCUUCAGAACUAUAGAACGGUAGAUAGCUUAUUCCACCCGUAGGCCCCAUGAGCCAACUUGAGAGCAGCGAGAUGCCAGUAUGGGAGCCGCCAGUGCCCUCAGUAAUAAGCACCUCAUGCUCACUCCUCUCCAGUGCCUGGUUGGUCAAAGGGCAGCUGUUAAGCAUAUGGCAUUGUCACCACUGUCUUACUCGUGCAUGGGCAGUGCAUUCCUCAAAAUUCACAUUAAGCCUUCACAUCUCCAGUGCCUAAUUAGUUAAAUGUCAGCUCUUAUUUAUAUUGCGUGGCCUCCCCUGCCCCACAUAUGUUUUAACAAUAAGUGUAGUUGGUCCGAACAUGAAUUGUUAAUAAUGAAAAAGAAAUAAACAAACCAAAACAAAUAGUCAGCAGGUUUGAGAAUUAUACAUGGUGGACAGGCACCAUGCCAUAGAUAAAGUCCCGGACUCCAGUCAGCCGAUGCCCUGCAAAGUCCCUGCUUGGUAUACUUUUCCCCCAAACUUCUACAUUCUAACCGCCCUGUUCAACAACCUUUUUAUCUUGACAUUUUGUCUAAACAAAACAAAACUGCAAAUCUACCUGUCUCUAAUGAUUUAAUCUAGUUUAAUCUAAACUACUAGUUUAAUCUUUCUAAUCUCUUCUGUCAUGUGCAAUGAUAAAUUUUUCUGUUUAAUUGUAGGCGAUUAACAGACUUGGUUUGGACUCUUUGUCUCCUUUUGAACCUCGGAAAAGAAUUAUUGAGUAAGUGGGAGGUUUUGCAUCUAGCUACUUAAUUCACCUAAUCUAAAACAGGGUGACUGCAUUAUUUAUUUAUUUUUGGUGUUUUCAAUAACAUUCUAUUUAUUUUUUUAUUUUUAUUUUUUUAAAUAGGAUUUUUAUUUCAAAAUGUACACAUGCUAGUACAAUAUAUAUAGACAGAAUCUUUCAAAAGAGCAUUAGUAAAAAAAUAAACAGUUACAGUAUCUUUUAACAGUGGUUUUUUUAUUUUUUUUAACUGCUAAAUGUCAGAGAAUUGAGCAGUAAGACUAUUUCUAUCAGGGUUAUUCAUUAAAAUGAGAAUGAAGUGAGUUGGAAAACUUCUCUAAAUUAGCGGUGUCUACUUUGCCUAAAAUUUGAAAUCACCUAUUUUGACUUUAAACUAUCAUGUAGAUCCCCAAAUUACUUCAUUAAGCUAAAGUUGUUGUGGUGCUUGGAGUCCCUUUAAUGUAGAAUGAUUCAAUGAUGUAUUGAGAUAAUUGCUUUUCUUUUACUUGGGCUUGCUUUGUACUGAACUCUUUCAAUAAAUCUCUAUAAUUUAUUUUUUUUUUUUUCCUGAAAAUGAACUUGUACAUAUUACUUGGUGAUACUCUGGCUUUUAUUCUUUAACAUAAUUCUUACUUUUUAGGUACUUAGUCCAGGAUGACUGCUCUGAACAUGCUCUUGUGAAGCAGACCGUGGAAGCGUUUGUGCGUAGUGUAAGAGCUCGCUCUGCCACCCCUGGAGGAGGCUCCGUGUCAGCUGCUGUAGCUGCCAUGGUGAGAAUAUCAUUUCUAUAUUAUCCCCUUUUCUGUAUAAAGAAAUUAUUGUGUGUGUCAGUCAUAGAACUUCAUGUAUGUCAACAUACAGCACUCCACAACAUCUGGAGUGCCUUUCUCUCUCUCUCUCUUUCUCUCUUUCUCUCUCUCCAUAUGAGGACUGUUUGUUUAUAGUACAGUGGUGGGUUCCAUUAUUUCUCCUUUUGUUUUCUUACAGGGGGCUGCUCUGGGCUGUAUGGUGGGACAGAUGACGUAUGGGAAACGUCAGUUUGAAUCCUUAGAUGGAGUUAUGCGGGCGCUGAUUCCGCCAUUCCAUACUGCAGUUGACCAGCUUCUCUGCGCAGUAGAUGCUGAUUCCAAUGCAUUUGGAAGCUACCUGGUAAAGCUUAAAAAAGGUCCCUUGACCAACCCCUCCCCUCACUCACUCCAUUUUGUCCUUUUCUGUGUGCAUCCUGUGUUACCACUCUCCUUCUGUGAUUCACCACUCUCUGUCCAUCCUAAUGAGCGAUCCCACUUCUACAUAAAACAGUUUUACACUGCCAUUCUACAAACCUUAUUGAUUCAGUUAUGCUUUUCAGGCAGCUCUAAAGCUCCCCAAAGGUACUGCAGAAGAACAGCAAAAGUGAGUGUCUCAACACUAGUUUAAAAAAACAAAAAACAAAACAUUAAUACAAAGUCAAUGCAGGGCUAGGUUUUAUUAAUAUAAGCCUAUCCCUGGCAUUGUACAAGUUAUGAACGUCAUUGUGCAGAACAAUAAAAAAAACAAUAAAAAAAAAAAAAUACUCCCUGAUUCUGACAUUGCAUGUAUUGUGAAGUAGGGGACUUGGUUUAAAUGAGAUGAAUUAGUCCUCAAGGAAUCCAGCAUGAAUGUUUAUCUGACUUCAAAGUCCAUAUUGAGUAAUGGCAAAGAUAGGAAUCCAAUCACAGUGCUGUACAAGGGGAAGACUCAUAUGGAUGUACACUGUAUCUCAAUGGCUGUCUUCUCUAAUACAGGAGGUCUUCUGCCCUACAAGAAGGACUGAAGGAAGCCAUUGGAGUGCCUCUUCGCCUGGCUGAGAAGAUUAAUACUUUGUGGCAACCUUUACUGGAAUUGUCAAAACAUGGGAACAUUGCAUGUAUAUCUGACUUGCAGGUAUAUCUGUUAUAUUAUACAAAUACCUUUUUUAAAUUCUCAUUUGUGUCAGCUGGAACUAGGGCUGUGCCUGAUUUUUCCAAUGGAAUAAGUGUUUUGCUGGCAGGGUAAUUCCUCUAUAUUGCUUGAUAUUUGUUCUUGUCCCGGUACACCCAACUUGGGUUUAAUCUAAAGUGCAGAAAUGGUAGCAAGUAUAAAUGUGUUUUUUUUUAUUUAUUUUUUUUAAAUUUAAUGCCCAUUAUAUUUUGCUGCACCCUGUCUUUCAAUCAAUUCUCAGCAUUAGAGCUGUGUGCCGGUGGGUCUAAUGAGAGUUGAGUGACAGGUAAAAAAAUAGAACCAUCCCAAUUCAAUGCUCUUCUUUGUAAGUUAAGAUCUAAGCAGAGGACUGAACCACCCAAAGGGGCUCUUUACUCCUUCUCACUGUGCUGCUCACGUGGCAAGCUUUUUAUCAUGCCUGCAGGGGCAUAUUGGGCACUUUGACUUGGCUGUGCUCUCAGUGAAGCCAGCAUGCCCGGUAGUAUCCCCAAGCAGAGCCAAUCAUGUGUCAGAUGGGACAAGACCAGAGGAUGGUAAAAACACGGACACCCACAGAUCCUGUGAGAAUGGUGGUGCUGCAGUGAAAGGCAGCAGGUAAGUGCUAAUCUUUACGUUUCAAAGCACAGAAAGACAUCAUUAAACAUAUACAGAAUAAACAGGCCCGGUUCAAGCAUUCUUGCCGCCCCCUCAUAAAGGCAUUUAAAUUCUUACAGGUUUAUUCACUAAAUUCUGAAUUGCAAUGAAGAGACCUUUAGGGAAGAAAACACACUGCAUCGAAACACUCAUCCAGUAUAUGCGUCCAUAUACACACACUGCCUAAUACAUCUAUCCAUCCACACAGACUGCCUAUUACACACAAUCAACCAUACGCACACAGCCCAAUACAUCAAUCCACACACACCGCUUAAUGCAUACAUUCAUACACUCAUACUGCCUAACGCAUAGAUCAAUAGAAACAUACUGCCUAAUACAUAUAUCCAUACACUCUUUUUCAAUGCAUUUGGUGGUAUUUAAUUUGUAAUAAUACUGGUGUUUAAUUUGUUACUGUGAACAUUUUUUUUCAGUUCAAUAAGAAAUUCUAUCAUUUAUAUAUUAUAAAUAUAAUAUAAAAGUAUCUAAUUGCAUGGUCACACUAGCACACAGUGUCACUCACACACUCUGACAUACAUACACAUUUUCACUAACACACUUUCACUUGCAUACAGUGUCACUUCCAGGGAAUGAGAAAAGGGCCCUGUAUUUGUUCUGCACAUCGCAAGCAAAUUUAAUAACAUGUUUACGUUGUUUGCUUGAAACUUGUCUCAGGGGCUUCCAUAAUUGGGAUACUCACUGUACCCCAUUUAUGGAGACACUGUGUGAUUGCUUAAAUGGAAUCUAGUAUGUGCAUAGGUGAUCCAGAGUGUGUAUGUCAGAAAUGUGGUGUGUGUUUGAAGGACUCAGGAGUGUGUGUGUGUGUGUGUGUGUGUGUGUGUAUAUUUGUAGAUGAUCCAGAGUUGGGUAAGGAAUCUAGUUUGUCUGGAAUUUAAUGUGUUUAGGGGUGCAGUAUGUGUGUGAGGGGUUCUGUAGUGUGUGUGUGUGUGUGUAUAAAUAUAUAUAUAUGUGUGUAGUAUUUUGUGUGAGUGGUGCAGCGUGUUUGGGGGCUGCUGUGUGUGUGUGUGUGUGUGUGUGUAGGAUGUAAUGUGCAUUUGUGAGGAGAAUAGUGUGUAUGAGGGUGCUGUGUGUGGGUGUGGGUGUUAGGAUUGUAUGUUGAGGGGAGGCAGGCCAAUAUUGAUUUAUGGUUAUAUUUUUUUUAAACCGCUUUACAUAUAGUCACACUUUAUUUCCACACACAAACACAGCAAUUUAAUACACACACCGACCCAUUUACCAUCAUACACUCAUGCUCCUAAUCCGUCCCUUUCCUUCAGAUGUGCUGUGAAUGAAGGAAAGAGGUCCAGUCUGCAGGUAUCUGCCAUUGUUCCUGAUGAGGGGAGAAGGAGAGCAGUGCACUGUGAGCACAGGCUGCUUACUGUUCCCCGCAGAGUGAUUCUGGUGUUCACAGGCAGGAGCAGCCGGGAUACCAAGUCAUGUCCCGGCUUCCGCUUCAUGCAGGAAGCACAUUGAUCUUUAACCACACACCAUAGGCUCCUGCAAGAUCCAACAAACUAUUAACAGAGCAGGAGAUACAUUUCUUUUUUUCUAAAUUAAACAGAAUUUGUCAUAAAGAAAGUGUAAACAUUAGAUUUCACUUUACAGGAAGUGUUUCGGAAGGAUAUUCAGGUUAUUUGCAGGGCUGCAUAAACAAAGUGAUUUAACUCUUAAAUGGCAGAGAAUUGAGCCGUGAGACUGCAGGGGUAUGAACGAUCCUAUUGAAUCAGUGACCACUUAUAAAAUGUUUCAAUACUACUACAUAAGAAAUGCUUCGUGCCCUGCAUGUUAAUUGUCCAGUGACUUUGUUUCCUAUGCUUAGUCUGCAUGCACUAAUUGGUCUUUCAUUCUUCUUGUUCAGGUUGCAGCUAAAGCUUUAGAAACUGGAGUUUCUGGGGCUUAUUUUAACGUUCUGAUCAAUCUGAAGGAAAUCCACGAUGCAGAGUUCAAGAUGAAGGUACAGUUAUCAGUCCUGCCAAUUUUAGCAGGUCUUAAAGUGCCCCACCUUCAGGGUCCCCCUCCCGCCAGGCUCUGGGGAGAGGAAAGGGGUAAAACGUACUUUUUUUUUGCCCCGGGCGGGGAGCUCUCCGCCUCCGAUCCUCCUCCUCUCCUCCCAUUCGGCUGAAUGCGCACGCACGGCAAGAGCUGCGCGCGCAUUCAGCCGGUCUCAUAGGAAAGCAUUUACAAUGCUUUCCUAUGGACGCUUGCGUGUUCUCACUCUGAUUUUUCACAGUGAGAAUCAUGCAAGCUCCUCUAGCGGCUGUCAAUGAGACAGCCACUAGAGGAUUUGAGGGCUGGAUUAACCCAUUUAUAAAAUAGCAGUUUCUCUGAAACUAUGUUUAUAAAAUAUAAAAAUGGGUUAACCCUAGCUGGACCUGGCACCCAGACCACUUCAUUAAGCUGAAGUGGUCUGGGUGCCUAGAGUGGUCCUUUAAUAUCAGGUGAGGGAGGUAGUUCACAUAGACAGAGCCAGCAGUGGACAUGUGAUACAAUGUGGUUGUCCACUGAGGGGAUGUGUCCUACAAGUGCAUUAGAUGUGACCAGGAUGGAAAGUUUUGUGUGACACGGCAGAAAUGUGUUAUUAAAGAAAUUGUUAAUGUGCAUAAACUACAUCUUGUCCCAUUCCCUUUUUAUUGGACAUUUAGAAUAAUGAUAAUCAAAGAAAAAUUCCUAAUCAGGUCCUCUCAAUACUUGUCUUUUGGCUCCGUUGCAGGGAUAUUUGCUAAGAAAUGUUGAUUUACCUCUUAUCUCUUACACUAUAGGCACCCAGACCAUUUCAUCUUAUUGAAGUGGUCUGAGUGCACUGACCAUGUCCCCUUAAUCCUGCAGCUGAAAACACUGCAGUUUUAGAGAGAGACUGCCUCCCAGGCAGCCAGUAGAGGCGCUUCCUGGCCCUAACAGAGUUUAACUUUGCAAGCUGUACAUGAGGACAGGUAGCAUCUUGCUAAUCCCCAUAGGAAAUCAUUGGUUCAAUGCUUUCUUAUAAGAAAGGCCCAAUACACGAGCGGCACUUGGAGCUCAUGCUCUGAUGUCGGAGGAGGUAGAGAUAGAGCCAGCACUGAGGGACCUUGGUGCUGGAAUCAGGAAAGAUUUUAAAUGGGUUUGAACCCUUUGAUUGUUGCGGGGGCAGAGGAACACUACUUUGUAUUUUUAACACUAUAGUGUGCCUUUUUAAUCAAUCCUGAUUCUACCAUUGUUCCCAAUGAGAGAGCGGUGUAUCCCAUUGUAUGAGAAUCUGCUUGCAAAAAUACUCCAACAGUGCUAGCAGCCAGCGGGUAAAUAGUUAAAAACCUCUCAGGAGCACAAUGGUUAAUUAUGUGAGGGCUGGCCACAGCCACUACAUCAAGUGAAAGGGGGUUGGUGGGGGCUCUUGCUAUAUGCAGUCUCCCCAUGAUCUUAUAAAAGGUAGAAUCUACUCCUGGUUUAAUCUACAUGUGUUUUCCUCCCCUAUUCAGACCCAGAAUAAAGUCUCACAGCUAUUGGAUGAAGCAAAGAGAUGCAUGGAGUCUGUGCUACGAGAGUGCAAGGCCAGAGUCUGAGAUCAUGUUGAUAAUAAGCAUAAAAUAAACUUAAAACCGCUUGUUAAUGAUGUCUUGGUCUUUUUACAUUUUCUUUUACUUUGUCACUUGUUUGCUUAGGGUUGCUUUGUACUUUUUUUUUUUUUUUUUUUUUUUGCUCGAGGUUUUAUUUUUGCUUCUGUAGACAUAGCUUUAGUGGGAGGGAAAGUUCUGAAACCGGUUUUCUGUUGACGCAGACUGACGGGGCACUAUUACAUAUUAUAUACCUGAAUAUCUGUCCACUGCCCAGCCCCUUUGCCUGCCUCUGUCCUCCCUGUCUGUCACUAGUCCUACCUGCUUGUCCACUUUUCCUUGCCUAUAUAUGUAGCAGAGCUACUUCCAGGGCGUUUGCUGAAACUUCCUUGCAAGGCUUCAGUGUCUGGUAUGUAUACAAAAUGCUUCUGUCUGUGUAUUUUCUGUUUGUUUUUGUUUUUUACUCCAGUAUUCCAACCAGUUACUGGAUUUGUUAGGUCUCUGUAUAUUGUGAAAUAUAUUGCAAUUUUUAUUCUUCAUAAUUACGAUCCUAUGGGAAAAAAAUAUUAUAAAUAUUAUAAUUAGUUUGUGUAUUCUGUGCAAUAAAGAUUGCAAUGGCCAUAGAUGGGAGAAAUGUAAUGUUUCUCCAUUUUAGGGGUAACAAAGGUUUUAUCUGUGAUUUGCAUAGAACUAACCAAAUGUUAAUUUAGAACUGUAGUAGAUAAACCAAUCCCGUGGUGUGUGGGUUUUUAUACACCUGAAAUUUUUUAUUUUUUUUUAUAAAUGUUUUAGAAUAUUCAAACAGGGGUUUUCAUGCAUAACUUAACUAACUGAACAUUACAUGUACAUGGGAUCUGUGAUCGACGUUUCAACCUGUACAAGGUUUUUUAUUUUAUUUUUUUCAAGAUGUAGGGGUCGAAAUGUUGAUCAGGACCUUGUGUAUGUUUGCUUGUAUGCAUUAAAAGAAACGCAACUUUUCACAAAAAUCCCUUGGAGUGCACCGAGGUAAAAAUUCAACCUUAAACGUUAGAGGUGUGUGUGUGUGGGGGGAGAGAGAGAGAGUUACGUCCUAACACAUUACAGAUCAUAUAUCUUGAAACAAAGUUUUUUUUUUUUUUUUUUUUUCUUUUUUUUUUUUUCUUCCUAUUCUGCCCAAUCCAAGGCAUUGGAACAUGUGUGCACCAGGGAACUGUCUGUGCAGCAAGUAGCAGGGCCAUGCAGCGAGCACUUUAACCAUGCUCCACAUUGUCCUCUGUAUUGAAGGCAAUCUGCAUACCUCCAAUGCUGGGAUGGAGACAUAUCCUGAGGCUGCAGGCCAAUGAGAUUGUGUUAUGUCGGAGGGAGCCUGAUCUGUGCAUACUGAACACUGUAAUCUCCAGAGGAGAGGACUAGGGCUGGAAUGGCUCCCUCAAAGCAUGGCAAGUGCACACACCCUAACCUGACCACACUAUUGCGCAUGCACACACACUGUUCCCACACACACAGCCUCCUGGCCUGCCCUCUUCAUAGAGGACCAUGCAUAGUAAUGCACGGACCUAGAACAUGCAUCACAGCACGAGAGCAUCUAAUGAUGCACGCUCACUGUUCAGCCUGGAGAUUAAUUACUGGUGUUCCUGUAUGGGGGACAGGACCCCAAAAUAGGGGCUAUCCUGCCAAAAGCUGAAGAAUUGGGAGGCAUACAUGCCCACAUUCUGCUACCCCUACCCACACUGUUACACACACUACCACAUCCAAACAUACUCCCAUAGAUACAUAUACACACUCCGAUGCAGACCUAUACUACAGACCUAUACUAUAUAUAUAUAUAUUUUUUUAUUUUUUUAAAGCAGUGCUUUACUUCAGAAUUUUGUGGCUACAGGUGCUCCUGUUGUAACAAAGCCCUGUUUACAGGUACAGUUAGGUAUUCGAAUAUUAUCUAAAAAUCUGAAGUUAAUCCUGCUACAGUAGUGAGAAUGAGCCAAGUCAGAACAACAAUUUGACCCCUAGAGAGUUCACAAAGUCAUUACAAAAUCUGUUUGUAUAUGCACUCACAUUAACAAGCGCCAUCCCUAAUUGCAAACAUUAAUGUUAAAGGAUAAGAUACAUGUACCAAUGAGGAUAAAAUCAAAAGUUAAUAUUAACACUGGGGGUAUUCAGAGGGAAUAUUUACUGCCUGCAUUACAAGUUAAUAGCUAGACAGGCAAUAAUUCUCUGCUGCAUUACAUAUACAGAAUAUGUGAAUAAAGAUAACUGAAUUGUUGAUGUGUGAGUGUACAUGGAGUUUGCCCACUAUAAAGAAUGUACAUAGAUGAAGAACAAUAAAAUAUUGAGAUGUAACUUUUUCUUCAACUCGCACAGCAUUGUUGGGGGCUAGGCUUUAUUUAGAGUUCCGGGUUCUAAAGACUUGCCUACACUAUGGACGUUUUUCUUAUCCUAAACAUUGUGGUUAUAAAAUAGUUUAAUGUGCACAUGGAGUACUGCAUCAAAACAAAACAAAAAAAUGUUCCAGACACAGCUAAAUAGUUAGGAGCCAGGCACUGUGCAUUAUAUAAUCGAAGCAGCUAAACUUUUGUGGAUACCAAGAUUAAACAACUUCUGGGAUCUAUGUGAUUACUGCAUGUACCCGUAAAAAUACAAAUACUGUUGUAAUACUGAGAAAUAUCCAUUGUGCCUAAACCACUUUAAAGGACCACUAUAGUGCCAGGAAAACAUACUCGUUUUCCUGGCACUAUAGUGCCCUGAGGGUGCCCCCACCCUCAGGGUCCCCCUCCCGCCCGGCUCUGGAAGGGGGAAAGGGGUUUAAACUUACCUUUUUCCAGCGCUGGGCGGAGAGCUCUCCUCCUCCUCUCUCCGUUGCCGCCGGCUGAUGCGCUGCGGCGGAAGCUGCGCGCAUUCUCUCAUAAAAGCAUUUUUUCCUGGACGCUGGCGUGCUCUCACUGUGAUUUUCACAGUGAAAAGCACGCAAGCGCCUCUAGUGGCUGUCAAUGAGACAGCCACUAGAGGCUUUGGGGGAAGGCUUAACCCAUUCAUAAUUAUAGCAGUUUCUCUGAAACUGCUGUAAUUAUGAAAAAAUGGGUUAACCCUAGAAGGACCAGGCACCCAGACCACUUCAUUAAGCUGAAGUGGUCUGGGUGCCUAGAGUGGUCCUUUAAGAUCUCAGACUACAUAGAACUUCAGGUAGGUAAAAGGAGCACUACCCUAGAUAACCUAAUCUGUCAAAGUGAAAAGUACUGUUAGCACUGCUUGAGACUAGCCCUACUUACAAUGGUUAGAGACUAGCUUGGGUCCUAUGUCAGUUGACUUGCCUCUGCCUAAGGGCAUAUUCUACAUGUCUAGCCACUGACUCACUACCUAGUUCUCUGGGAGUCUUCAGCAAUUUAGGUUUCAUCAGUAGCUCAUCUUUUAAAGAGUGAGGUAGUACAAGUCAAAACCUAUUGAGCGAUACGUAUUGUUUCUACAGAAUAUUGUCAGGCAUCGCAUGUGCUCCAAGUUGUGGGGUUCCCACUCUUUGCGGUGCUGUUCCCACAAUUCUGCCAACUUUUAGUUUUGAUACUGGACCUGUCUACCUGGCCCCAAGAUGUUCAUGUCUGCCACAGGUCUGCACCCAUACAUGGAAAUCUCUGCAGAAUAAUGGCCAUACCCAGAAACUAUAUUCUCUUAAUCCAAAGUAAUAAAAACUUUUACCAUUAAAGGGACACUAUGCUCACCAGAACAACUACAGCUUAAAGUAGUUGCUCUGGUGAGUAUAAUUAUUAAAUGCAGGCAGUGCCGGACUAGCCCACUAGGAUAUCGGGAAAGUUCCCGGAGGGGCUGGUGCGCGGCCACCUUGUGCACACUGGCCCACGGGCUGCACCGUACUAUAACAGAGUAACUGGCAGGAGGGGAUGAGCUCCCCUCCUGCCGGUCACAGAAUGUAGGGUGACCGAGCAGGCAGACUGCAUGGAGGAGUUCCUGUUCCCUUACCCGGUCUGACAGGAAAUGCUCACCGAGAGCACAUGACUGCUUCCUGUCAGACCGGGUACAGUAAGCAGGAGCUCCUCCAAGCUGUCUGCUUGCUAGGCCAUGGUACAGGAAGAGCUGGGAGGGACUAAUGGGACACAUGGGAGCUGGGGGGGACUAGUGGGACAUGUGGGGGCUGGGGGGGAACUAAUGGGACACGUGGGGGCAGGGAGGGGCUAUAGGGACUGCGUGGAGGGCUGGGAGGGGCUAUAGGGACCUAUGGAGGAACUGAGGGAGAUACGGCACAUGGAGGUCUGGGGGGUUAAUGAGACAAAUGGACGUAUGGGGGGCUAAUGAGACAUGUAAGGCUGGAGGGGUGGAAUAAGACACAUGGAGGACUGGGAGGGGGGCUUUAGGGGCACAUGGGGGGCUAAAUGAGACACAUGGAGGCUGGGGGUCUAAUAAGACACAUGAAGGGUCUGAGGGAGCUAACGAGACGAAUGAGGUCUGGGGGGAUGGAUUGAGACACGUGGAUGUUGGAUUUAGAAGCUUGGAGCGGGGGUAAUGAUACACAUGUAAGGAUGGAGGGGGUGGAAUGAGACACAUGGAAGGGCAGGGGAGUACAAACACACACAGAGAAGCUGGGGAGAAAGAGACAGAGGGGCUGAGAAAGGGGAACAGGAGACACAGAGAGGUUGGGAGAAUGAGACACACAGAGGAGCUGUGGGGAAAGAGAAACACAGAAGUGCUGCGACCUGGCAAAGAGACCAACAGAAGGGAUGGGGAAGGGGAGAAAGAGACGAAGGGGCUGGGGCUAAGAGACACAUAAAAGGGGCUUGGGGGAGAAAGACACAAACAAAAUUCAUCUUCACUUGUGUCUCCUGCUCUCCCUGUAAUUUAGAGUCGACCGGUGAGAGAGAGACUUCGUAUUAAAGGGACAUUAAAGUCACCAGAACUUCUACGGUUUAAUGUAGUGGUUCUGGUGUCUAUAGCCUGUCCCUGUAUGCGGAGCCCUGUAAAUGCUACCUUUUCAAAGAAAAGGCAGUGUUUACAUUGCUGCCUAGGAACAUCUCUUGUAACAGUCACUCAGAUGGCCACUAGAGCUGCUUCCUAGUCCAGUGCUGCACAGUGUGCAAAUGCAUCUCCACGCUCUGCAUGGAGGCGCUGAAUGCUCCCGAUAGAGAUGCAUUGACGUUGGCGUUGACUGAGAUCAUCCAGUUGUCAGCCAAAAUGAAGAGCACACUUGUUACUUUAAAAUGAGCAAGAUAACGUAAUUUCUUUACUACUGUGCAAUAGCAUACAUUCACAAUUUCAGUCCAAUUACGAAACUUUCCAUAAUAUCAAGGUAGUUGGACUGAAACAUUGAUUAUAUGCAAAUGCAUGUCUGCUUACAACAAAUCUUCUCUUUUGUUUAUUUUGAAGCCCUAUGAGUGCCUUCUUUUACGUUUGAGUGAUAGUUUUCAGUUUUUUUUUCCCAUUUUCAUAUCUGCACACUAUGCUGGCGCGAUAUAUUUUGGGGCUGGUAUAGCAUUUCUUUCCUGGGCUGAUUUUCAUUCCCAGUCCGGCCCUGUAUGCAGCAUUUUCAUGCAAACACAGUUUACAUUGCCUCUAGAUGGCCACUGGAGGUGCUUCCUGGCUCAGUGCUGCACAGUAGGCAGCUCUGCUGUUCAGCGUCCCAACACUCUGCAUGGGGACGCUGAAAUUUUCAUAGAGAUGCAUUGAUUCAAUCUAUCUCUAUGAGGAGAUGCUGAUUGGCCAAAACUGUGUUUGACCCCACACCCUUGCCGAUUUUAGCCAAAUCCAAUGGGAAAGCAUUGGAUUAGCUAAAGAUGGUCAAUUCUGAUGUCACCAAGGGGGAGGGGCCAGUGCAGGCAUGGCGCUGGAAAUAAGGUGAGUUUUUUUUUACUUUUAAGGGGGCUAAGGGAAGGGCAAGCCACCUAAAUGGUGGGUUUAGCACUUCUGGGUCAGGAAUACAUGUUUGUGUUCCUGACCCUAUAGUGUUCCUUUAAUGGUACUCAGAAAUGGCUUUUUGACUACAGUAUUUAAAAAUUCUGCUUAUUGCUCCUUUCUUAAUCUGCUCUCGGAUGCUACUGAAAUUUCUGCCUAGAGGGAAAUUAAAGCAUUGUCGUUUCAACUGCAUCUUUACAUCUUGUUCCUACGAUUAUUUGCAUGGACAAUUAUUGGUAAUCUGUACUGAUAAACCUGCAUAUCACGGCAAAUUGCAGUGAGUUGGGUCCUUGUGACAUCUAUAGAAAUUAAGAACCCCAGAGCACGGUGCAUCUAAUUCUUUUUAAUGUACUUUUCCAGUCAUUAUUUUUAACAAAUAUAAAAAAACAAACAAACAAAAAAAAAAAAACGGCCAAACCUGAGCAUUUAUUUGCUUUACCCAAAUAAUUUAAACUAUUACAAAUCUAAAUCUUGCCUCCUAAAGCUCACAGGGAACGCUACUGUACUAUUUUUGCCCUUCUCUUUUCUAUGUUUGGCACCCGUGACAAGGCUGACACUAACUUCUUAGAUGCUACAGAUUUACUCCUCUUCUUCAGAUAUCUUACAUCUUUUACACCUCUUGGAACUUUGUCAGUUCAAGUUCAACACCCACUGUCUGUUUUUAUGACUUUUUGAGCAGUUGGAUACAGAUUGCACACCUGGCAAUCUAUUUUCCCCUUAGGGGCAUAUUGCAAUUGUAUUGUUUAUGUUGAUACACCCCGCCUCAUCCUGGAUUCUAAGCUUGUUUGAGCAGGAAUCUUGUCUUUUCUCUUGUUCCUAUAUGCAUGAAUUUAUGGGUUUUAUAUCAAUAUUAAUAAUGGUAAUGUGUUCUACUAUUUACCUGCUUCUAUGUAGAGUUUCUGCCAUGCAUUGUAAGCAAUGAAUACAUAUAAAUGUAUGUUUUUGGGUUGUGUUAACAAGGUCCAAUUAUGUUAAAUUAAAAAAAAAAAUCUGAUUAUUAAAUGCCCCUACAGGUUUUAAUGCAUGCAUCUGUAAGAAGAAUGCAUUCUUUAUUUUACAACAGAGAUAGACAUAGGAGUGGUGUGCAUUAGUGUAUAUGUGUGUAUGUAUGUAAUUUAAUAUAAAAAUUGUCGGUUUAGAACAGCCAAUGACACUCCCUACAUAUUGGAUAACAAGAAAAUCUGCAUUCUUGACAUUAAGUUUUUUGCUAAUGAUAUGUCCCAGCUAAGGGAGUGUCAGACCUCUACGAAUAUACAAAGUCAAACAAGUGAUAGGGCUUAGCUGAUGCAGAGAGUUUGCAAGAAUAAAAGGCAUUAUGUGUAUGCAUGAGAUGAGGAAAACUUGGUAACUGGACCAAAUAUUACUGGGCAUUCAUAUACAGAAUCGUAACUGCAAUACAUAUUUAUUGUUGUAACGAGUGUCGCUAAUUAAAAGAAAUUCUAUAUGAUUAUACCAAUAAAGUCAUUAAAACAACUCGAUUAAAAAAUAAAUAUGUAAUAGAUCAGGGUUGCACAAAAGGUAGAUCCCCAGAUGUUUUAAAACUACUGCUUUCGUGAUUGCUUUGUCAUUCUAAAAGGCAUGUAAAGCAUCAUGGGAGUUGUAGUUCUACAACAUCUGGAGAUUUACCUUUUGGGCACCCCUGAAAUAGAUAUUCCAGUCCUCCAGAAGCAUUUAACUAUCCUUAUGGGUUACCUUAUUAAAAUAAGGUAGUGUGUGGGGUUUCACUUGAUAUGUGGGCUAAUGCUAAAUACAGAAAAUUUGUUUUAUUUAUACUACCGUGAAAAUUAUGAAGUGGUUUGUCUUAUUUUGACAAAAUACUAUUCCCUGCAGGUCUUCACUUUCCAUUCUGCAGGGAAUGUCAGACAUUUUCUAUUGAAGAACUCUUCAGUUAUUUCCAGUUAACAAAAUGGUGGUAAAAAUGUUUGGGGAAUAUGGUUUUAAAAGCAUUCAAGCUUUGGAGUCUACUUACUAAAUAUGUAAUAGCAGUAAAUAGUACCCUGAAUUGCAAACAAAAGUUUUUUGUUUUUCAUUUUUUCUCCUUUUCCCCAGAAUAUUUUUUAACUUUUCUGCAGUCCCAGCUUGGCUAUUAUAGGCUACAAUUUGCAUUUAUUUUCUCAAUUCACUAAAAUUACUAAGAAAUAACCACGGAAAGCUUCACCAUUCUCAAACCUCUGCAGUUUGGCAAGUUGCUGUCCUCUGUGAUUAUUCUGUCUGUGCCUGUUCACAUCACCACCAAGAACCUAUUGUCGCUUUGCUAACCAGGAUACAAGAACAAGCAAGGGCAAAUCCAGGCAUAGCUACUAAUUAUGGGCAAUAACUAUCAUCUGUGGCAAUAUAUUACAGUCGUAUGGCUCCUGUGGCCCUUUUAUACUUUUGCAGCCUUUGGUUAUGUCUAUGGGAAGAUUGUACCAGUGCUAAUUUACAGGUUUUCCUCUUGCUAGGAUUUUUCUCUUGUUAUUAACUCAUCGGACCUCUAACAGUCUUGCUAAAGUGCUUUAGGAGUUUUGAAAUGUUCCUUUAACAUAGUACCUUUUGUAAAUGCCCUAAUAUAAACAUGUGUCCACAGCAAUGUUAAACGGCCAUUAGCUACAACUAUAUGCUCAUAUUAUCAUAAUGUAAUAUGGUCACACGUGCUGUGCUUAGCAUAGAAACAGCCUAACAGACAUAAAAAUUAUCUGAAUUGCGUAAAGGGAUGACAGGCUGACGGAAAUUGCAAUCCUAAUUUAUAAGGUGGCACUGCCUGGAUAUAAAGGUAUAAUGGGAUGUGACUAUUUAUGGUAUUUAUUCACUAAUAAUAAUAAGUAAACUGAGAUUCAUUAGAGGCAAAUAAAUAUAUAAAAUAAAAUGAUAUUGAAUUUUUUAGUUAUAGUCACUCCUUGGCUUUUUUAACCUGAAUUUUGUCAUAGCUUUUAUCAUUAUUUAAGCUAUUAGGGUUGUUUAGUAAAGUAUGAAUUUUAUGGAAUUUUUAUUGAAUUGUACAAUUUAGGCCAAUAAAGUAUGGAAAACAUAGAUGACUUGAAGAAUUUUUUCAAUUACAUUAUUGUGGCCUAAAACACACUUCAAAUUAAUUUUGAAUUCCCAACAAGUCACAUUGAAUAAUCGUGUAGAUGAAGCAUAAACUACAGUCUUUGGCAUUCUCAGCUUGAGCAGGUCUACAAAACUGGAAUACAGUGGGACCUCGGUUUACAAACGCCUCGGUUAACAUAAUUUUCGGUUUACAAAUGAAAAUCCAUUGAAAUGAAUGCCUCGGUUUACAAUUUUUUUUCGCAAUACAAAGCAAGUUUCCCCAGGAUGCAUUGCACCUUGGAGGUUUAUAGCACCACCCCCUGCAUGCUGGAGCCUGUGGGUAGCACGUGGCAUAGAGUGUGGAGGUGUUGCAGGUGUUUUGCAUCGAGUUGUGGAGCCAUUCUGGAAAUUGUUUGCAGUUGUUUUGGGACUUUUUGGUGCAUUUCUCAAGCUGUGGUAAGGUAGAGAGCUGAGCUUUGUGGUUUGCAUGCCUUUUAUUGUGUGUUCUGCAUUGUGGGUUGGUUUCCAUGCCAGCUCAUUUUUACUUUUUUUUCUAACCUCCAGAAUGGAUUAAUUGGUUUUCAAUGCAUUAUUAUGGGAAACCACGUUUCGGUUUACAAAUAUUUCGCAAUAAGAACGCAUUAAAUUCGUAAACCGAGGUCCCACUGUACAUUAAAAAAUAAUUUAUGGUAGGGAUAUCAACCUAUGUUCUAGACAACUAAUAAACAGAAGACCAAAAAUCCUGUGGGUUUAGAUCAUGGUAGAAUUUAAUGGGACAUAUUAUAUGUGCACUAUGGUGGCCAACCUUGGGUAUAUGUUUAGACUACCAAAGAAAUAGGGCACUUUUAUCUCUAUUUAUUUUUCUAAUUGUGUUUAAAUGUAAAUAUGGGUCUUGAAUACUAUAUUUAUGUUUUUAAUUUAUUUUUGUUUUUCUAGACUCUUCAUCAUGUGGAAUCCAAACCAAAGUAAGUUACUCCUAUUGGAUGUAAUCAAUACUGAUCCUGAAAACAUUGCUUGACUGCUAGGCCAAGGAAGUGACAUUCAUUUCAGGCUAAACUACACAUAUUGAUGAUAGAGGAUCUGUACAUCCAGAGCCUUAAAUGAACACUGCAAGUAUCAUUACCACUGCAGCACAGUGGGGUGCUCUGACACCCACCCAUUGUAAAUUUCAUAUACAUUGUGCCCUCAUUAUCACCAAUAUUUUAGCAACAAUUUAGAGAGAUCCAAUUCCUACAUACAUUUCCUUCAGUUUUACAAGUCUAUCUAAUUCCCAUUUUAUUCUUCACAAUCUAUCUGCCAAAGUGAAAUUCUUACACAUGUGAAUAUAUCGAACUCACAGAGUAAAAUUAAAAAUUUAGAUUUUUCUCUGGUUUGAGUGAAGGUUCUUUCAGAACAUAUAGCCCCAUCGCUAAAAUAGGGGAGAAGAACAUUUCAAGGUGGGGAUCCCUGCUGGGAACAAAGAAAUUAUGUGAAAUUAAAACUAAGAUAGGCACACUCUUCUGGCCUGGCCUUGCCCUAAUCAUAGCUUUAGUUGUAGGUGAGCUAAUAAUAUGAGGACCUAGGCCAGGAUAUGGCUUUCUAUAAUAUAACUAAUCCAAGUAAGGGCCAAGGAGAUUCACUGGCUCUAAGCCAUUAAAUUGGAAAAAAAAGACAUGGAGCAAUAACCAAGGAUUAUCUCUUAAACUGCAAUAAGGAAAUUACACUAUGCUGAGGGAAUAUGAGCAUCUCCGUUCAGAAUUACAUUUAAGUCAACAAAAUAUAACUAUUUCUUAUUUCACACCAGCAUGACACAAUUCACCACAUAGCUACAAUUGUAUAAAAGUGAUCAUCAUUGUCUUUGGUUGCCACUAAUCCUUAUUAUAUUUAUUUUUAGAUCCUUGUGGCCAGCCCCCAUAUGGACAACCUGGCUUUCCUCCUCAACCGGGGACCUACCCUGGACAAUACCCAACAGGAUGCCCCCCAGGAUACCCAGGCCAAGCUCCACCUCCUCCAACAGGUGGAUAUCCAGGUGGAUAUGCACCGCCUUGUGGGCCUGGACAUCAAGGACCUCAUGGUCAUCAUGGUCAACAUGGCCAGCAUGGGCAUCCUGGUCCUCAUGGACACCAUGCUCAUGGCCAGCCUGGCUGCGGUCCUCAGCAUGCAGGUGGUGGAUGUGGUCCCUAUGGGAAACACAAGAAACAUAAGCAGCAUAAACAUGGCCAUGGAAAGGUGAGCAUAAUUUUACUUGAUUAAAACAACAUUAACUAGCUAGAGCCUAUCCUGAAAAUGAUAUAAAAGUACAGUGCAGAACAAUGACUGCACAAAACAAUGUACUGCACUUAAAGUAUAUUUCUUGCAACAUAUAAUCCAAUAAAAUUCCACAAAAAGUUUUCAAAUCUUCUUUUCUGGAUUCAUAAAUUAUCUGAAUUUCCUUUGGAAAGAGGAAGCCUGCAUACUAGCUUUCAUCCUGACAUAGCUAACCUGUUCAACAGUUGGCACGAUGCUCGCCAUUUGUAAAACAUGGCUUUAACUUCUACAUGUAACAUUAGCUUAUCUUUUAAAACUGGUGUAGGCAACAUCCAUAGGCUGGCUGUUUCAAGCAGAAUGCCAAUGGACUGUAUUUCAACAACAAAAUUCUUCCUAUCACUGUUCUUGGGCAAUUUAGGAACUGCAGGAGAAACUUGGAUUGAUAAGGAGAAUUCAUGGUUCUAUACUUUCUUCAGAAUCGGAAUCUGCUUAAUGUAGUUCUGAGAAAGUUAGAGAGAUUGUGGACCUGGACCUUUUCCAUGGGUUGUAAAAUUAAUUGCAGGUCAGUGUGUCCAACACAAUGAGUUUAUUUGAAUCUUAUCAGAAAUAUCCAGUAAGUGGAUUAAUCAUUAAGACUCUAUAAUCUGUAGUUGAGUUUCUUAAUAUAAUUUUUUUUGGGCAAAUAUUUUUAUUGACGUGUAGAAUUUUUCCUGGGAAAUACAACAGGACAAUAAGAGAUACAUUUGUGACAAUUUGUAAAAUCAUCGGAACAAGAGAGUAACAUAAGCAAAGUUAUAUUGUGGUAAAAAAUAGACUUAAAAGACAAAGAGCAAAACCAGAAACAUAUCUUCAAAAAGUCUAUGCAAAAGAUAGGAACGUACAGUAAAAAGAAAGGGGAGAAAGGAAUGGUGAGUACUGCCCACCCUGGUGAGUACUGCCCACCCUGUACGAUCUCUACAAAACAACAACGACUAAGAUUAAAAAAAAAAACUAAACAAAAAGGAGAGGCAACCUAACUACAAGAACCAAGUAGGAACUAUUUUCCAAUUUAGGUGCAUGCAGUUUUCGGUUCUCCUGGGUGCCUGUAUUUCGUUUUGCAUCCAGUGCAGUGUUCAUUUUGUUGAAUUACAAUUUUAGUCAGAUUUUAGUUGACUAACAAUUUUUGGAAAUUUAGUCGACUAAAACUAGACUAAAACAACAAUUCAGAUGACUUAAAUACGACAAAAAUUAAAAUGCUGUUUUUAGACAAAAGACUAUGACAAAAACUCAAUUGAAAUUUGCCGCCCAAAUUAACACUGCAUUGAGGGGUAGUGGAAGGGGCAAAAGAGAUAGACCAGAGCUUGGGAGAGAGACACUUAGAGGGGCUUGGGGGACACACAAAGAGACACAGAAGGGCUGGAGAAGGGGCAAAAGAGACAGAUGGAGGCUUUACAUAAACCCAUUAGAUUUUAGUCGUGUUGAUGAAAUCUACUGAAGAUUUAGUCGACUAAAAUCUACUGGAGGUUUUGUCUACUAAUAUCUAGUGGAGACUAAAACUAUACUAAAACUAUUCAGAUUAAUAAAAUACAACUAAAAUGAAAAUUAAAUUGAAACUGAUCGAGUGUUGCCUGAGCUGCAUGUUUUGAGGCUAAUGUGCCUGUAUUCUGUUUUAACCAUCAUUUCUUUCCUAUUCUAUACAGCAUGGCAGUGGAUCCAGCAGCUCUGACUCGGACUGAUUAACAAACCAACAGCAGGAUUGAAAUAUCAUCUUUCAUAUAUAUAUAUAUAUAUAUAUAUAUAUAUAACUCUUCACUUCCAUGCUCUGUAAUAUGAAAGUUUAAACAAGAAAGCACAGUUUAUAUUCUGUAUCUCUUUGAACUAAUUCUUUAAUUUACUUUCAUUUCCUAUAGUAUGGAAAUUCCUAUAGAUACAAUAAAUGUAUUUUAUAAGA